AUGUUCGCGACACGGAAUCACGAUGAGAAUGCGAUACACCAACAGCAGACCGCUGCAGCUUCGAAGCCGCUGAACCAGGGCAUCAAAGGACUUGCGCCAAAGACCCCUGGCAACAGGGCUCCCAAGACACCCUUCAAGGCCGCGAAGAACGAUGAGAAUGCCGCGUUCGGUAAGACUGGAGGCAAAGGCAAGGAUGGAGGUCUGUUUGGAGACAUCAAAACCGUGAAGGCAGACAAGAGUACUACUUUCGUCACUCCAGCUGGACCACGUACUCGCGCUCCUCUAGGUGCAAAGACGACCAACGCGAAGGCGAACCUUCUUCAGACGCCAGCUCUGCCGUCUGCAACGAAAGGAUCGGCCACAAAACCCGCGAGUCCUCGACUUCGCCGUGCCAAGGUCAAGAUUCACACUGCCACAUCCGACCCACUCGACGACGAUGGAGUACCCGAUAUCGAGUAUAUGCCCCCUCGCGAGGUGCCUUUGGCAGACUAUCCCGAGGAAGAUUGGCCACUCGACCGUACAUUCCCUCAAUUCGACGGUAACAACUUGACCAAGGGUGUAUGGGAGGAGUUCGGACCGAAAGACAAGGGAAGUGAUGAUGAGCUUAGCGAUUUCGAAGAGAAGUGUGCCAAAGCAGAGGCGGGCAAGAAGAAGCGUGAGGAGCAAGAGAGGAGGCCUGGAACCGUGAAAUCAAAGAGCGCUGCUUCUGCUUUGGCCAAGGUGGAUGGGCAAGCGAGGCAGAAGGUAGUACCGAAUUUUGCUGCUCCCACAGCAGCGGCAAGAGCGAGAAUGCCAUCUAUGCUAGCAGGCAAGAAGACGGGUGCGACUUCGACAUCAGGCAACACUCGACAUACCGUGGCAAAGGCAGUUUCGAACACCACUCUCGGCUACUCGAAGGGCAGGGCUGUGUCUGCCACUGCUCGUGCUCCACUGUCUAGCAUCCACGAGAAACCGAUUGCUUCUGGAGUCACGAAGCAGUCUUCCAUCGACAAGACGCAUAUGGCUGGCGGCAUGACUUUCACUGAGCUGCUGGGCUUGCGCGAGGCGGAGGAGGAAGGAGAGGAGGACCAGGAGCCAUUGCCACGGAUUGGCGUUGAUGAUGAGCUUGCCGACUUCCAGCUCCAGCUUUGA